AGUUGUUGAUUCACAUGCAAAUGAAGCUCGCUCCCUCCUCGGCUUGCAUUUCUGCCUGUACGAGGUGCUCAGAGCACACAGCUUUCUCAGCAACUCAGCUUUACGUUCUCCUCUCUGCCCGGACACUUUGCCGGGGAGAGAAGACAGAAACGCAGGGACAUAGGCAGAUAAAAGAAUCAGAACCUGCUGCCAUCUUCCUCCAAACAUUGUGUUGAUGUUUGGACCAGACUGAAGCAGGACUCCCGGGAGAGUUGCUGCCCUGCCGAGACAGAGAGAGUGUGUAGUUUUUGUGUUAGAGCUCUACAGUCAGAGUAGUUCCUCAGAGGAGGAGGCAGAGGAAGGGAGAGAGUCGCCCGUCGUCGUGGUCUCCCCCCCCCCCACCGAGCUUCUGAGGGGUGGCUCUUGGUGACAGGAAACGCAAGGCUGGCGAUGAGACCUGAGCGCUGACUGGAGUAUGCUGCAGACGAUUUACGAGGGCGAGUCAAGUUUCUCCACAACAGAGGGGCGCGUCGGACACCAGCAUCUCCCCAACCAGAGCAAGAUGCACAACAUGAACAACUCAGUCGACAUUAAGCCAGACGUGCCAUUGGCUGUGGAGCCCCUGUCCCCUUUGGACCUACGCACAGACCUGAGGAUGCUGGGGCCAGGCUCAGACCCCGGACUGUGGGAGAGGCAGCUCCAGCAGGAGCUGCUCCUCAUUCAGAAGCAGCAGCAGAUCCAGAAGCAGUUACUGAUCAGCGAGUUUCAGAAGCAGCACGAGAAGCUGACCCGUCAGCACCAGGCUCAGCUUCAGGAGCAUCUCAAGCUCCAGCAAGAGCUCCAGGCCAUGAAGCAGCAGCAGGAACUCGCUGAGAAGGAGCGCCGUCUAGAGCAGCAGCAGCAGCAGCAACAACAACAGAACCAGCAGGAAAAAGAGCUGGAGUGGCAUCGACGAGAGCAGCAUGUCUCCAGCCUGAGCCUCAGGGGCAAGGAGCGCUCCCGAGAGAGUCUCACAGGUGCAGUGGCCAGCACAGAGGUGAAGCAGAAACUCCAAGAGUUUCUGUUGAACAAAUCUGCAAAGGAUCCAGUCACUAAUGGAGCCAGUCACUCUUUCAUCCAACAUCCCAAACUCUGGUACACGUCCUCACACCACGCAUCCCUGGACCAAAGCUCUCCACCACUGGGGGGCACAUCGCCCACCUGCCAGUACACUCUGCCGUCACCUAUCGAGAGCAAGGACGACUUCCCCUUGAGGAAGACAGCAUCUGAGCCAAAUCUGAAGGUACGAUCCAGACUGAAGCAGAAGGUGGCAGAGAGGAGAAGCAGUCCAAUGCUGAAGAGAAGAGACGGAAACAUCAUUACUCCUUACAAAAAGAGGGCUUUAGAGCUUAUGGAUUCAGCGCCAACUAACAGCGCCCCUGGGUCUGGCCCCAGCUCUCCCAUAGGGGCCUCUAGUGCCUUGGGGGCUGAAAAUGGACCCUCCUCUCUGCCUACAACAACAAAAACUGAGAGGUGGCCUUCCCAGCCAAGAUUAUUCCGACCUGAGGGCUCCGUGUCCAUGCUGAGCUUGUACACAUCUCCAUCCUUACCCAACAUCUCCUUGGGGCUCUCUACUACAUCCACACCAAUUAGUGCUGCUAUGGGCUUAAAUGACAGAUCGACGGAAAUCAAGCAUGGGUUGCCUGGGCACCUGCUGGGCCCUGUGCCACUUCAGACAGCCCUGGAGUCAAAGGUCAGCCCCAGCCACCAGGCUCUGCUCCAGCACCUCCUCCAGAAGGAGCAAAUCAGGCAGCAGAAGAUCAUCUCUUCUGGUCAAGGCUCCAUGUCCUCCCACGCUCAGUCCCCUCUGAUCAUGAAGGAUCGGCCCUCCAGCAGUCGCCCUAAGCUACCAAAACACAGACCCCUGAACAGAACCCAGUCGGCACCUCUGCCUCAGAACACACUGGCCCAACUCGUCAUCCAGCAGCAGCACCAGCAUUUCUUGGAGAAACAGAAACAGUACCAGCAGCAGGUCCACAUAAAUAAGCUGUUAUCCAAGUCCAUUGAGCAGUUACGUCAGCCCAGCACACACCUGCAGGAAUCAGAGGAGGAGCAGGAGGAGCAGCAGCCUAGAGAGGAGACGGCGAGCAUGCAGGAGGACAGGCUGCCCCCUGGAGGAGUCAUUCGGAAGCACACGCUAAGCAGCAGCAGCAGUGGCAGCUCGAGCAGCGAGCUCCCAGAUGCUCACUGUGGGGUCAUCAAGGUCAAAGAGGAACCAGCUGAUAGUGAGGAUGAGGCUCUGACCAAUCGGCGCCUAGUAUCCGAACAGAGCACCUAUCUCCACCAGGUCAAAGGGAGGCUGGUGAUAAGAGCCAUGAUCUGAGGGAAUGGAUGGAGUUGAUAUCACCCGCUCACAACGAUCACAAACAUCCACACUUGCACGCAUGCAUACACGUCAGACAUUGCUCUGUCACGGUAGACCAGCUCUGUCACAACAUAUGACCUCUUCUCACUCAGCUGCAGCCUCACUCAUCCUAUACUGUUAAGACUCUGCUUGUGGUCUUUGUGUUGUGAUCGCUGUAAAAUAUGUAUGUUUCCUUGGUUGUAAAUAUGAAGACACUUUAGAUUUUUCUUUUUAAGAGCCACUUUGGUCACCCGGAGUCUGCUCAACUGACAAACCUUUAUGUACAUAUACUGUGGAUUUAGCAUCAAAGAUGAUUUGUAGAGGGAAGCAUUAGCAGAUGUACAGCUUCGACGAGCCUCCAUUCUGUACAUUUUUCCAUAAAAUAUUCAAAUAUUAUCAGUCUUUGUUCUGGAAGCUAAAUCAUUUUUUUUAUUUUAUUUUCAUGAAAACCUGUGACAACAUUCACUGUUCAGUGUUCCCACAACGGAAAUGUGGAAUAUCUGUCUUAGAGAGAAUGCACAUUUAAAUCCUAACAGGGCAGAAACUCAUAUUGCAAUUUGAAGGAUAAAGCACUAAAUCCUGGCUUGGGUAUGCAGGCAUCUCCUUCACACAUCCCUGGUCUCCAUCCCAUCCCGCCUUGGAAUGAUCGCAGAGCCAGAGCCCUGCAUUAGGUCGAGUUCUUCUCCUUUUCUCCCUGCCCUCCUCCUCCUCCUCCUCCUCCUCCUCCCUGGGUCCAAAAUCAAAGCUUAACGGAGUUCCUGCCCAGCUUUCAGCAGAGGAGUCAGACAGGGAAAAAGGGAGAAAGAGAGAGGGUCGGGCAGGAAAUGCCUUCAAGAAGCCAGGAGUUGAUUCAUGUGUGCAGGAAUGCUGAGAGAGGAGGACCUAGUGUCGGAGGAGUCCAAGGGGCCAGGCUCGAGAAUUGAUUUACUGUCAAGACGAAUUACAAAGUGAGUGGGGAUAUGGUUAAGGGACUCCUUUUUUUUUAAAAGGGAAUCGCUUCCUUCAUAUUCCCCUGCGGCCUGCUUACCUCAACACACAGGGUUGAUGUUACUUAAGAAAAAAAAAACAAAAAAGAACAUGGAUGGGACCUUUAUUUUCCCCCAGAAAGUGCCCAUUGCAACGUGUAUAGUCUGUCUUAAAGUGAUCUGUCCAAUGUAUUGCAGAGUCAUGAACCUUCCUGUUUUGUUAGUACUACUGUCGACUAAAUGUAAAAAAAAAAAAAAGAAAAGAAAAAAAAAUCCUACUCCAAGGUUCUGUGUUUGGAUUCAU